CCGGCUCGAACCGGGGUGGUACCACGACCUCACAGAAUACCAGCGUGAGGUAGAGGUUUACCUCUGCGUUUCACUUGGUGAGUGCAGGUGGCGGGAGGCCCUUUUUACUGGAAAUGAGGCAUUCCAUCUUAGUCCUCACGGGUGGCAACGCAUCUGCAUUUUGAUUCGUAAACGAGGAUAGAUGUAGAUGUCUAUGGGCCGCAGCAACCACUUACCAUCAGGUGGACUGUGUGCUCGUUUGUCACCCUUAUCCUAUAAAAAAAAGUAUCGUUAAAAUAAAAAGUGUUUACAUUACAAAUAUACAGAAUUUCAUGUACUAAAUUUCUAUACAAAAUAUAAUUGAAAUAUAUAAAAGGUCAUUAAAGUCCCUUAAUAUCAAAAAGAUUUUAUAGUCAUAAAUGAAAUAGAACAGUAAUAGAACGCUUUGGGGCAGUGCGGUGGACACUAAUGCCAUAAAAACUUGGCCUGUGCUCAGCUGUGGGACGUAUGUAGGUUGUAAUUUAAAAUUACUUUUGACCUAAAUGGAAUAACAUGUAUUAACAAAAGAUUCAAAAUCAAAAUCAUUUAUUCGUUAGCGAAAUGUGGGUUACCAUAGAUCUUAACAAUUUUAACAAAAGUACAGCAAUACUCUACCUUCUGUUGUGCAAACUGUAGUCCUUCCGUACAGGAAGUUGGCAGUGUUCACCUUCGUCUUUCGGAAAGCACGUAAAGCCGUUGGACCUGCGCCUGAUCUCUCUCCGGUCGCGUCGGAUUUUCGUACCAUCUUACUAUGAGAGUGAGGAAAUAGAGAGUGCACCUGUGCUUGCGCAUAUACACUACGGCACUAAUCGUGUGCUGCGCAGAUGGUUAGUCUCUGUUGAGACUGGCCGAUGCGGCCAAAUUUCGGUCUAGAGGACAUUAUAUUAUAUUAGAUGUAACGUCUAACGUCGAAAGCUGUUGCUAAUUUAGCCGUAAAUUGUCAUUAUUGAAGUAUCAUCGGCUUCCACAAUCGCCUUUUAUUCGCCAUUGUCGACCAAAGUUUUCGGACGACCACGGAGUUCAUUAUCAGGUUGAAAUUUCCAGAACGGAAGCGGGAAAACCAAUAACAGGUGGUGCGUUCGUUUGUAGUAUUCGCUCCGUAAACGUCGUUGAGGUUGUGUGCCGCUUGUGUCGCGUUGCUGCCACGACGGUACUCAUAUUCCUUAAUUACUCGAAUUUUUAACAUAUCCAUGAUGACGAUAAGGAUUAAAAUGAGAUGAAAACAUAAUGCUAAUCAAUAAAAAAAUGACUAAUUUUAAAAAAAUAAUUGCAUUUCACUUAAUAUUAAGUUUUAAAAGCAACAACAUUGAAAUAAUAAUUUUUCUUGUAGAACAGAAAACGUGUACAUGAUAAAUAUUUUCAUUUGAAAACAGUGUCGAAAAAUGGGGAUGACAGUAUACUGGACUACGUUCCGUUUUAAAGAGUAACCAGUAUAGCAAACAAAAAAGGAACGGCUUCACAGUAGUAUACUGAAUUGACGCCACACAUUACCGUGGUCACAGUGUAUAUCGGAACAUAUCCGUAAUAAUUAAAAAGCUGAAAGUACUCCGGGUUAACUUUGACAUAAGGACGUCAAUCACCUCAUUCGCCCCGUGAUCAUGGGUGCUGAAGUGAACGUGAGGAUUAAAAAUAAGUUAAAUUAAACGCAUAAAAUCCCUUAAAAUAGUUUUAUGCGAUGUGUAGUGCUCGGGUAAAUAUAAGAAAUUAUUUUAAUUAACUGUCAAAUUUUAUACUUCAUAUUUUAAUUUGCAUACUUUCCGCGGGAUAUCUUCCUUGAAACAGGCUCUAGUUUAAACCUGAGACUAAAGAUAAACUACUUUUUGUAAUACAAACGGACGGUUUGUAGUUUGUAGACGUUAGACUUUAACAGUUGUAGUUAUCAAUAUGAUCCCAGAAGAAAACUAAAGUUUACAAUUUUUGUUUGACUGCGUAGAGGCGAUGUGAGAACAUUAACUACCACAACCAGGUAGUAGGCGACAGACGAAAAUUAUAACUAGAUAGGCAGCUGCAUCUUCUCGAUAUCAGCUGAAAAUGCGUGGCAACUAUAGCAAAAUAUAAGACAAUUUAUAAGGGAGUGCUAUACAUGAUAAACGUUCGAUAGGCUGUACCGAUAUAAAAAUUUAGAGUUUAUAAUUUGUAGUUAUCAAUUUAAUCCACGGAAUAAAAAAGUUUAGUUCUUAUUUUUGUUUCGAGUUUUCUUGAAAUAAAAAAUAUAUUAAAAACGCUAUUUAUAAGAAAAGCGUAUUUCUGUAUCUCUUCUAGCCUACACUAGAUAAUUCUGUUCUGAUAUGCAUAUAAGAAUAUGUAUUAGAGAAUCUAAUGCACAAAAAUGAAGCUGGAAUUUCACCAAGUGGCAACAAUCGCAAGUAUAGAUGAUAUAGACUAUAUUAUACACCCAUAUAUUGUAAUUACCAAAAACACUUAGCUAGCCUAGUUUUUGGAUAAAACAAACCUCGAUAACAUUGUGAUAGAUAAAUAAUAAAAAAUUCUGACAGCGCCAUUCAUUAUCUCUAGUAACAUCUGCUGCAAUUGUACUUAAUUUUUUUUGGUACUUAUAAAAUAGUGAUGUAUAUAAACCAUAGGUAAACGAGAGACUAUUAAUUAACCACCUAUUACCAAACGGUAAAUGUUAAUAUAGAUAAAUCAAAUGUUACCUCUCCGAUUUUAAUACAUUUCCCUUGUUACAGUUUCCGGACGAAUACAGAGCGAUUAGCAAGUAUGUCUCCUGCAGCAAGAAAACUGGCCGCAAAACAUCUUUUGUCACCCAGACUGAAGCUUACACCAAAUGACAUGGGUAUUUUAGCGCACGGCACUACCCCAAAACGAACUACAACACCGCGAAAGAGGCCUCUCGUGGCAACACCGAAUAUGAGUAAAAAGGCGGCAACACCAACGCAAUCGUUGAAUGUCGAAGCUGGUUCAAAUGUUACUGAAGAUAAUACCCUCACAGAUAAUCUGCUACAGAUUAAUGUUACAAAACGGACGAGAUUAAAAGCGCAAGAUUUUUUUACGACCAGUUAGCGUUCCUAUAAUUAUAACUCAUUAAAUUAUUCUAAGUUAAGACUGUUUUUUUUUUAAUUUAAAAACAAACUACUUAUAUUUUUUUCUUUUUUGAUAAUGAACUCGUACUGUUGGAAUGGUGACAAUUAAUUAAGUUUCAAAUAAAUAAUAUUGAAGUGCCUGUUUGUAAUGUCAAAAUAACAGUCUUUUACUAAUUGCAUAUAAAAGUAUAUACGGUACCUAUAACAGAAACACAAUUUUAAAAAUUUUUGUCUGUCUGUUUGUUUCGGCUACUCUCCGAAACGGCUGGACCGAUUUUUCGCUGGACUUUCACUGGUAGAUAGCUCAUGUUAUAAGGAGUAAUUUAGGCUACUUAUAUUUUUAAAAAUAAUUAGGGUUCCGUGC